AUGCAGUUCCGCUCCAUCAUCCUCGCUGCCACCGGCCUUCUCUCUGUUGCCUACGCUGCCCCAGCUUCCGGUAGCGUCGUUGCUGAAAACCCGAUCUUCACUCGCCAGUGCGCCGCAAAUGGCGUGUGCUCAACCGACGUCAAUGGAUGCACGAACCUUCGAUGCUGCUCUGGCGUGAAGCAGGUAAGAAAAUAUAUUUAG